AGGGGGAGGUGUGUGUGCAGAGUCGUAGGAACUGAAAAAGGGCAGUACACACACUGGCUGCCUCACACAUCCAGACCCACCGGAGCACAGGUGGUUCUGGACAGAAAAUGGACACGGAGAGGAAUUAGAUAGAGUGCAGUGACCUUUCGACCUUUUAUCUACAGCUGAAGCUUUGCCUGCCAAACUAAAACCGUUUUUUGCAGACUGGGUGAACACAGACAUCAAAUGUUUUCUACAAGGAGCAAAAUAAACUGAAAACCUGAUCGGUGGAGUUGCCAACCGCACAAUUACUGUAUUCAUGACAAAUUCUAGUGUGCUGAUGCAUUUCAGUAUUAAUCUAAACUACCACCAGAAGAAAUAAGAACUUUCCCUCUCAAUUGUGGUUUUUGUGACUAAACAAAAGGCAGAAUUGAUUAUCCUGCCCUCAGAGGCCGUCUGGCUUUAAUGUAUAAGAAAUAACACAGAACAGCAACAUAAAGCAGCUUUAAUUGAAUACAUUGGAGCUCUGAAUACAAACCAGCCUCUGGAAUGACCUUUCCAGAGUGAAAUGUUAUUCCUCACAUGCACCUAACAGCAGGAAGCUGCCAUAUACACAGUUCCCCUUCGCGUCACUGCAGAGUUAUGAUCUCCGAGAUAAAGGGCAGAUCCUUUUCUCCCAAAGAAAAAUAAUGUGCGGGCUGGAGAUUGGGGUGCAGACGAAAAGCAUGUUUUGGUGACCAAAAUAGCAGAGGAGGAAGAGCGACGUCUGGGAAAGAGAAAAAGGAGUAUUAGAGAGAUGCGAGUAGAGAAGACUCGACUGUUUCUCAGCCCUCUUUGCCAGACUUUCAACAGAGCACAACAAACUUGUGCAAUUUUCGUGGCAGUUGUCCAUGGGAACUCAUCCAAGGCACAUCGGAGCUGACCCUCCUGGGAGGUCCUGUUAGAUCGAGAAAAAAAUACUUCAUGAAGACCAAAGUUAGAGCGCACUUUUUCCGUCAAAGUUUGGCUGACUACAGGACAACAUUUGGAAGGAUUAUUGCUGGACGGGGAGCCACAACCGGAAGCAGCAACUUGGAAAGCUGAGCUACUCCUUUUCUUGUCCAUUUUUGUGUGUUUUCCUGUAUUUAUAAGCGUAUUCACUGCCUGCCAGGGAGGACUAAAACUUCCAUCUUCCAACUGGACCGAGUUUCAUCUUAUCAGGAGAGAAGAUUGAGCUGACUGGAACUAAACACUCACAUAUCCCCCAGCCGAGGGCUUUUGUUUCUGCUGCGGCAGUGGCGUUUUACCAGCGGGCAGCGAUGGAGAUGGAGAAGGGACACACGUCUGUCAGAAGAGGAGUGAGCUGGAGUCCAGGAGGACUGAGAAAACCUCUGCAGGCAACGCAAAACACGCACACUCCUGGGACAGAGUGCAAUGCAUCAUGGGAGACAGCGGGAUUCAACAAAGAACAGAUGAGCCGGAAAACAAACCUGACCAGGAGCGCCAGUCUAUCAGAGAAGGAGCUAAAGGAGGCUCGCGUCAGGAGUCAGAUCAUCGCCGCUCAGCUCACCGUCCCUUCCAACUCCAGCUCCAGAGGCGUGCAGCUCUUCAACCGGCGCAAGCAGAGGGUCAGCGCCUUCACGCUCGAAAGCGGCGGAGAGGGGUCAGGAGGGGACAAGGUUGAGAAUGUGAAAACAGACCCCUCAUCUAACAAACUAACAUGGGCAGAGAGGAGCACUGAGGAGAAGGAUAGAGACCUGAACUUCAAGAAUAGGGCUACCAAGCCGUCACCUGGGAGGGCACUUUCAGUAGGUGAUAUCAUGGAGGAACCAAGUAAGGAUUUCCACAAGGUAGAUGCCAUGGAGGACAGUGUUAUCCAAGAGAGACAUUUCCUCCCUGUCAAGGAAGAGCAGGAGGAAGAGGAAGAGGCAAGAGAUAAAAUCCACGAGGACAAAGUCAGGGAUGAGAUUCCCCCUGGAGGUAAUAAUGCUGAUCCAGGUCUGAUGGGACAUGCUGAAGGGGAGGCAGAGAUAAAUUGGGGCCACACAGGGCCAGCUCCCCCUGGAAAGCUUCAUAAUGGCUGCCACGGUACCUCUGUGCCCACAUCCAAACAGACGAACACCAACACCAAUCGGACUGCCAGGCCCUUUUUCUCACCGCUGACAGUGCAGUCUCCAGAGACAGCCAGCCCCGUUAUUGAAAAUCCCCCUCCUCCUUCUUACGCCCCUCCGCCUCUCCCUGCUUUCACUGCUCCUCAGCCUUUGGCGUUCUCACCUCCACCUCCGCCUCCGUCAUAUCCCACGCCUCCUCUACCGGCCUUUACAAACCAACCUCCGCAGACCUACUACACCAGUCCGCCCCCAAUGUCUCCUAUCAUGGCCCCUUCCUCCAAUCCACCAUCCCACUUCCCUGUGUCUUCUGUAUCCCAGUACCCACCCAUGCCCCAUUACGGCCCUCCCACGGCCCCAAAGCCCUCCACCUUUGUGCCUCAGCCUGCCGGAGAGAGGAAGCCGAUAACACCAAUCAAAACAGGAAUACUUGAGGAGGGUGCAGCUAGAAGGGGAAAUAGGAAGUCAAUGUUCACGUUUAAAGAGAAGACGGUGGUGGCUCCGAACCCUGAGCUGCUCUCUCUGGUGCAGGGGGCGGAUGAAAGGAAGAAACACGGACAUAGAUCUGUGCCUGAGCCGACAUCCGAGGAAGAGCUGCUGGCGUUGGGUGCAGAGGCCUCCAACUUCCUCGCCAAGGAAGAGGACAGGGCCGAGGAGGCAAUAGCUCCAGAGUGGGCUUCCUGCCUCAAGACCUCCAGGACCCGUCCGAGGGAAGAUCACAGGCCAGAGCAGACCCUCACCAAUGUGUCAGGAAAGGGGGCCGAGCUGUUUGCCAAGCGCCAGUCCAGGAUGGAGAAAUAUGUCGUUGAGAAGCAGAAUGCAGGACAAAUGAGGUCUCCUUCUCCCACGAUGUCUCUGCCACCAUCUUGGGUAUUUCCAUCAAACAUGCCCGGCAGGGUCAAGGCCAUUGCUAAAAACUCUGACAUGAGUGCUCAGCUUUCAGAAAACCUAAAGGCCCAACAAGCAGUCAAACAAAAGCCAAGGCAAAGAGCUCCAGCACCAGAGCCAGUUCCGGAGCCGCCUCCUUUGGAAAACGGUUGCACCAAGAUAGAGAUGGACUUGUCAAGGCAUCGGCCCUACCAGCUCUCAUCUUCCCUAUUCAUCCUUAACCCAGUCAAGGACCCCAUGAGUACCCUACCCAGAGGAGCACCGCAGCCCAGGAACCAGAUACCUACCCAGUCUUUCACUAGACAGGCUUCCUUACCUAUCAACCCUUCUCCUCACUUCAGUACCCAGUGUAUGUCUCCACAGAUGCCUCUCAGCUCCACAAGAGGAGCAGCAGAACAUCCAUCGAAUCCAGCCUACGGGCAGCCCAGGAUCAGCUCUGCUAUGGCGGCCUUUUCUCCAGAGCGCGUGGCCUCUCCUCGGUCAGGGGUCCAGGCACCAAGGCCCACGUUUUCUGCCAAGAAGGCAGGGAUUGCACCACAGACACCAAAGGAUUCCUCCCCAGUUGAAACCCCCAGUGAGACUUCCACGCCAACCAGGACAACGCCCAGCCUCACCAGACGUUUCAGCAGCCUAGAGGGCCCCGCCACCACUGGGACCUGGACUCCCAGCCUCCAAACUAAUCGGCCCUCCACCGCCAUCUUUAGCCGCUCAGUUACUUCCCCUGUAUCUUCUCCCAGGGGUACAAGAUGCCAAUCCCCUAUGGCCAGUCAGAAUAUCCAAUUUUCCACGCCAACCUCCACUACAACAUCCAGACCCUCUCACACAUCUACAGCCACCUCUCCAUGCUCUCCUCCUUGGGGUUCAAGAUGUCAGUCCCCAAUAGUGAGCCAGAAUACCCAGUCCUCCAGCAUCUCCUCCACUCCUGGUUUAAGAUCAUCCCAAACAUCUACUUCCCCACGCUCUCCUCCUUGGGGAUCAAGAUGCCAGUCCCCUAUGGUGAGCCAAAACACCCAGUCUUCCACCAUCUCCUUUGUCCCUACUCCCAGACCAACCCAAACAUCUACGGUCACAUCUCCUGUCUCUCCUUGGGGUUCAAGAUGCCAGUCCCCUAUGGUGAGCCAAAAUACUUCCACCAUUUCCUUUGUCCCUACUUCCAGACCCUCCCGAACAUCUACGGUCACAUCUCCCGUCUCUCCUCCUUGGGGUUCAAGAUGCCAGUCCCCUAUGGUGAGCCAAAACACCCAGUCUUCCACCAUCUCUUUUGUCCCUACUUCUAGACCAACCCAAACAUCAACGGUCACAUCUCCUGUUUCUCCUCCCUGGGGCUCACGUUCCCAGUCUCCUGCACUCUCUCAAACCAGUUUAUCCUUCCAGGCCACUAAACCUCUGUACACAUCCUCUGCCACCUCUCCUGUUACCCCACCCAAAGACAGUCGCUGCAUGUCCCCCAUCGCUAACAACCCAGACUCUAAAGCCAACCAUCGCCUCCUGGCCAAGAACAUCAUCAAUGCAGCCAAACGUAAAAACAGCCCCUCCCCCGGAGCACUGAGCGGUCACAGCCUCCCCAUUUCACCUCUGGGAAAUUCCCACCAUGGCUACGACUGCCACAAACCACCCAUCAGCCCUUUCCAGUCGCGGGCAUUUGGGGCACAGUCCCCUAUCUUCACCAGCCCUCCUCCAACUCCAACGCAGACGAUCUGCUCCCCAUCGAGGCUCUACAACACCCGCUCCCUCACCGACUCUGAUGCCUCUGUUGAGUCUGAAGACUCGGGCCUCCGAUCGCCGGGCCUGCACUCCUACAAUACCUGUCCCCGCGGCUGGGGUGGUAGCCUAAGGGUGAAGAGAAGCACCGUCUCCACCGACCUGUGAGGGGGUUACUGGGAGGCAAUCAAAGUAGUUUUCAUAGACUUUUGGGGCAUUGGAUCAACCAGUAAAAGAUGGCAUUUCAUCAGACUAAUGGAAGAUACCGUUAUGUAAGUUUGAGUACUGAUCCUGGACAAUGGUAAAUGUAUCAAGGUAGUAUUAGUAUUUUAUAUGAGUCACAUUCCUAGUAUGGACUGACAAGAACAAGCUUUUGACAUAACACAGUUGCUGUGGCUUGUACGCUUCCUACAUACCAAAAAGACUCAGUAACCAAAGAUAUUUUAAUUCACUUCAAUUAAUGUUAUACUUUCUUCACCUUCACAACAAACAUACAUUCACAGCCACUGUUCCAGUUAAAUUGUGUUUUUAAUGUUAUGUUAUGUUAUGUUAUGUUAUGUUUGCUGGUCUGACGCAUGUCAAAAUGGGAAGAGACUUAAAAUGAGGGCAUAGAAGGGACACAUGGAAUGAAUAAUGUGUAAAUAUAUAGCUCAAUGGACUGUAUAGUACUUUGGUUAAGACAAUCACAUUGUACUGUAUUAGUAAAGGAUCACAUUUAACUAUGCAAUGGAUUUAGAUUAUAGUGGGUAAAAUGAGUUUCCAUAAUUUUUCCAUGCCAAAAGCACAGUGGUAGGUGGGACACACGCUAUUCAUGUUAUCAUACAGGGUCACCGCAGUUUAUUAUCCAUUUUAAUCAAUGGGGAAUAAAUCAUAUGCAUAAUUAUCGCAGUGCAAUAAUCAGUUUAACACAGUGUAUGUUAUGUAUGUUAUAUGUUGCUUCAUGUACUGCAUUUGCUAAAAAUGAAUGUAAGCUUUACGGAUGGAUUGACGGAGAAUGACGAGAGGAUGAAGAGUUAUGUGGUAGGUUCGAUGGGGCACCUGUUCAAUCAAACACUGUUUCCAUGAGUCAGAAGAACAAGAUUUCAAAAGGUUUUUGCUAACGUUUAUUGAUGAGGAACAAUUCAAUGAACAAUGUCAUCGUGCAAAUGUAAUGGCAUAUUGAUUGUAAUAUUCAUAUUGGAGAUUGUGUGCCUAAAUGUUGUCAGUUUUGCUGACUACCUGUAACGUCUUUCAUGAGGAACAGAUUAUUUUGUGCCUGUACUAAUUGUACAAAGUGCCUGUUUGGAUGAGGUUUAGGAGCAAAAUGUCAGAGAAGGUACAACAAAAAGUUGUUAAAAAAAGGGUUAGAAGAAUGUUGUAUGUUGUGAAAUAUUAAUCUAAGUGUUUGUGAGAAAAGGAUAAGAGGAAUGGAUUGUAUUUAAAAUACAUACGUAACUCUGAUGUACAUUCUCUUUAACUUCUGAAGUUUCUUUUUAUACUUGAUUUGCACUUCUGUUCAUUCCAUUUCAAUGGCUAAGUUUAAAACAUUGAUUUGCUCAAAACAGGUCACAAUAAAACCAGCAAAAACAUAUCCUACUGUAACAAUGAGGACAUUCUUGCACAAUUCAAUAUGUUGACAUGAUGGUGGCAAUUAUCUGUAAAUCUGACUGCUGGCUUCGAACCACAUCUGGUAUUCUGUUUACACCAUCUUGCCCAGUCCUGCACCGGCACACACAACAGAUCAUUCCUCCACUCCCUGACAUGUGGGCCAAAAGCAUCAGCAGCACAUUUCUAAAUAUUUACUCUUGUGUGUCUUUUGAGUGACAGGGACGCCUGCUACACGGUGACCUGGCUCCUUCAGCAGGAUUAAGCCUAUUACUGUCAUGGAUUGGUUUCAACCUGGGUCACCUCUGGACAAACCAAACACCGAACAUAAUAACAUUGAGUUUUGCAAGCAGAUUUCUUUUUCUGUGAUUGCAUGCCUGUAUUUUUUUUUUAAUACAGAACAUUUUUCUCUCAUUUCAUAACUGUAUGAUGUCUUAAAAUGAAUGCAAAAUAAAAAGUGAAUUAAAA